UGGGUUUUUACAGGACAGUUGCUGAAUUUCUAUUGAUGCUGACUAAAACCGCAUUCUAGCUUCUUUUUUUUUUGGUAAAAGAUUUAUGUAGCAUUUUGUAAACCACCCACAGGGCGAACAGUAAACACACACUGUGCAUUUUAUCACAACAGCAGCCAGCGGACGCCCAGCAUUUAGUUUGAUUAGAAACUAUUAUUAGUUGCCAUUGUGCUUUGGCUGCAACAAAUAUUUUCCCACAAUACAAACCCGGCUCCUAAAGCUGUUUAACUUGAAAUAUUAGCAGAAUCUGAAGCGAUAACCAGGACAAACGACUAGCUGAGAUAAUAACACUCCACACUGAGUCUGACCCAUUGUGUGAAGCAAACUUACCGUAACAGCGCGUAGGCGAAAAACACUGUUGUCUGAAAAGAGGACCAUGUCUGCUACGAGCAGCUCAGUGUGCUCAAAGGCACUUGAGGCACAGAUUAUCGACCAGUGUUAACAAAUAUUCCACAUCCAGGGAUCCUUAAAUAUCCGUCAUAUUUUUAAAGGUGUUCUGCGAAGAGACGCGCAGCAGAAAUAUGCGGCUCUGCCACUCGACGUGAAAAACGAUUCAAGGAAAUUCUUUCAGGAUGAAAAUCUACUUUCUCGCCAUCGCUCCGAGCAUCUGCUCGUCUGUUUCAGCCACCGCUAAAAAACAAAGCUGCUUUGAAUUUAGUCGAGACUUGGUUCUACUUGAAGCCAAAGUCCUCGUUGUUCAUUAAACUUUGACUUAAUGCUGAAUGACCCAAAGGUCACCUGAAACAGCUUAUGGCUGCGAAAUAUUUGGCCUGGCUUUGUAUAAAAGUGCACAUGUAAGACUUUUUUUUCUCUCAUGCAAAAGAAAGUAAAACUUUAAGAAGUCCACAGUCAAAAUUCUUAAUAUUCGAAAUUAACCCAAUAAAACAAAUUAAUUUUCAUGAAAUUAAUAAACGCUAUAAUAGUUUUUAAUUGAACAUUUCUCAGUUAAAUUGCUCUUAUUAUGAUUAUUUUUGUAUUACCGGGCAUUGUGUAUAUCCAUAUUAUAAUACUACCCAUUUGAGAAACAUGUUAGGACCUUAAAAUAGAAUGUAUGCAGUAGGAAGGCAUUUUAUGUAACUUUAUUUAUUUCUCUUCCAGGUCGCGGUGAGAGCAGUGAUGAAUGCGUGAGGGACAUAAAACAGAUCUGCGCAGAUUUCGGUCACAGACUGGAGCAACGGUGGGAGACACCAAUCACGUGAACAAACACCACUCAUGCUAUUGGAUAAAGUUCCAUUGGUUUAUUGGCUUUGAAUCCACAAAAUGCAGAAGGCAACAUAUUACGAUAACUCUGGACUUUUUGGAGGCUACACCUAUCCCAAACCAGACUCUUAUACCUAUGGCCCCGCACACCAGACCUACCCGGCGUCUAACCUCGAGAAUGACUACCAGGGCUCAGUGUGUCCGAUCCAGACCUCUGCUGUCCGGCCGCCAAGCCUCAAAGACAGCGAUCUGAACGGAGACUGCAUGCGGCAGAGCAGCAAUCAAAGUAACGGCAGCAAUCAAGCCACAACUAUUGGGGAGCAGCAGGUACCCCCACUGUCCGCAUCCUCUCCCAACUCCAACAGCUCUGCGUCCCAGAAGAAGAAGUCCCCGUCCAGCAGCGCUUCCAGUACCGGCACACCAGCUCUCACAAAGCAGAUAUUCCCCUGGAUGAAGGAGACCCGGCAGAACUCAAAGCAGAAGAGCAACAGCUGCCCCGCUGCAGGUGGUGAGGUGAGUGAUGAGAAGAGUCCACCGGGCCCAGCCUCCAAACGGGUCAGAACUGCCUACACCAGCGCGCAACUUGUGGAGCUGGAGAAGGAGUUUCACUUUAACCGCUACCUUUGUCGCCCGCGGAGGGUGGAAAUGGCAAAUCUGUUGAAUCUCACCGAGCGCCAAAUAAAGAUCUGGUUUCAGAACAGGAGGAUGAAAUACAAAAAGGACCAGAAGUCCAAAGGGCUCGCGCACUCUCCCCUGGGACACUCCCCAGACAGGAGCCCGCCGCUGAGUGGCCCGAAUCACAUUGGAUACUCCGGCCAGCUCCAAAACGUGAACAGCCUCAGCUAUGACGCGCCCUCGCCCCCAUCCUUCGCCAAACCCCAGCAAAACAUGUACGGCCUGGCCGCGUACACGGCGCCUUUGGGCGGCUGCAUCCCGCAGCAGAAGAGGUACCCAGGCUCCGAGUACGAACACCACGGCAUGCAGAGCAACGGCAGCUUCGCCAACGCCAAUUUGCAAGGCAGUCCCGUUUAUGUGGGUGGGAAUUUUGUUGAUUCCAUGCCAGCCUCGGGCCCCAUGUUCAACCUCGGCCAUCUUCCCCACCCUUCAUCCACCAGCGUGGACUACAGCUGUGCCGCUCAGAUCCCAGGAAACCACCAUCAUGGACCCUGUGAUCCCCAUCCCACAUACACAGACCUCACUUCUCACCAAGCGUCUCAGGGAAGGAUUCAGGAAGCGCCUAAACUCACACAUUUGUAAUAUGUGGUUUCUGUGCGUGCGUGCGUGCGUGCGUGUGCGCGCGCGCGCGUUUGUGUGUGUGUGUGUGUGCGCGCGCGCGUGUGUGUGAAUGUAUGUGUGCCAAAAUUAUGUUGCGCUCUUUUUAUUACCUCACUAGUCUAAUAACUACACUCCAAGCGAGUCGCGUGUAUACAGUAUUAUUGAUAUUACUAUUAAUGCUAUUGUGUGAUUAUUUUCUAAAUGAUACAGCUUUGUCCAUUUCUCUUGAGUAUUUGCGGAUGCGCAUAGGCAGACAAGCCUGGUUGUAAGUUGUUUCUUCCUUAUUCGGUUUUAUUAAGUGCAAUGCGCAAUUUUUUGACUGAAUAUUUCAUGCCGUUACUUGAAGGUAAGUCAUGUAGAUUACAAAAGUAGAAGCUCAUCAAUAGAAAGAAGGAAUUUGUUUGAGGGGGGGGGGGUCGUCUGUUUGUCAAAAUCUCAUUUUCCUCGCGGGCUUCCUAUUUAUUUAUUUUUUUAUACGUUGCAUAAUCCUUCGUACUAGCAUUUAGCCUAUUUAUUAUUUAAUUACUUUUGUAUUGCACAUUAUUUAUCGUUUCUAUGCGAGUAUUUAUACGUGUGGGACAUUUUUGUAAGGUUGGACAGAUCGGUGCACUUGGAAGUGUUGGUAAAACAGGGUUUGGAAAAUGCUAUGACUCGCAGUGUAUUGUGGAAAAAGAGCAUUUCUAUUUGUAAAUCUGGUAUAAAUGGGACAUUUUAUAGCGUAUAAACACCUCUAUAUGUCCAUGGCUAAUCUUGUGUCAAAACUUAAGCAAAACGUAGACUAUCGAGAUAUCAAUUAUUAUACACACCAGCAUGUCAUUUUGUGUAGUCCAUUGCUAUAUUUCCUUUGUCUUUCAUUGUUAUUUCGUUCAGUUGGAUACCCAUAAAUUUAUGAAACCCUGACGAUAUUGAAAUGUUAUAUUUUAUUGUGUUUAACAUUUUGUAAAUAAAGUGCUCAAACUUG